GCUGUAAUUGGUAACCAAACAAACAUGGCUCUGCUUCAUAAUUAGAUUUUUUUUUUUUUAAUGGCACGUAAAGAGAUGACUAGAAAAUUUUAUGCAAAAAUUAAGAGGCAUCGUGGCAAAUACAAAGCCGUAAAUAGAGCUUCGAUGCAUUCGUUGUAUUUAUGAGCGCUGCGUAGGCUUGUGUGACCGUGUUUACACUUAAGCUAGCCCUCCUGUGGGCUAAUGUAAGCUAGCAAGAUGGACCUUGGAACAAUGUUGUACAACAAUUUAAAAGAUGUUACGUGGAGUACGACGGCUUUGCCAUUAGAUCAACUUGUCAGUGAUUAUAGAUUGCCUCAAAUCGUCAAGCUGGACAACGGUGAGCUGGUCGAAGGUCUUCGAGACAAUGACUACCUCUUGAUUCAUUCCUGUCGUCAGUGGACAACUAUUACUGCUCACAGUCUUGAUGAAGGACACUACGUGAUUGGACCGAAAGUAGAAAUCCCUGUUCACUAUGAAGGCCAAUUUAAGCUGCUAGAACAGGACCGAGAUGUCAAGGAGCCUGUGCAAUACUUCAACAGUGUGGAAGAAGUGGCCAAAGCGUUUCCUGAAAGGGUUUACGUCAUGGAAGAAAUCACGUUCAAUGUUAAGAUGGCUUCAGGCGAAUGCAACGAAGAUACUGAAGUUUACAAUAUAACACUAAGCACUGGCGAUGAGCUGACACUAAUGGGCCAGGCCGAGAUCCUCUACGCCAAGACCUCCAGAGAGAAAUCCAGAUUCAACACCAUUUUCAAGAAGAUCGGGAAGCUAAACUCCAUCAGUAAGAUGGGUCGAGGCAAGAUGCCGUGCUUAAUCUGCAUGAACCACCGCACCAACGAGAGCAUCAGCUUACCCUUCCAGUGCAAAGGUCGCUUCAGCACGUGCAGCCCGCUGGAACUUCAGAUGCAGGACGGCGAGCACACCAUCAGGAACAUUGUGGAGAAAACGCGUCUGCCCGUCAACGUCACGGUGCCCGGCACGCCGCCCCGCAACCAGCACGACCUCCACCUGAUCCGGGAGGGCCAUCGUUACAAACUGGUCAACGUUCAGACCAAGACGGUGGUGGUGUGCUGCGUCCUGCGAAGCAACAAAAUCAUCCCCAUUCAUUUCCCUCUCAACACGGCCCUGCCUCGCUUUAUUAUUCCCGAGGAGCUGCUGCAAGGCGAGCUGUGGCUCGACACCAUGGUGCAUCGCUGGUUCUCAUUUUGCCAGGAGCAGUUUGACAUCGACGACUACUCGCGCGCCGUCCGGGAUGUGCGGACGGACUGGACGGACGAGGGCAAGAGCCCCAAGAAGCAAAGCGGCGGGAACGGCAACUGCUGCGGCGGAACCUCCAACGGGUGUCCCAACAGCACGCAGCUCCCCAGCUCAUUGACGUACGCCCGGGACGAACUGACUCAAUCCUUCCACCGGCUCUCGGUGUGCGUUUACGGCAGCAACCUGCACGGCAACAGCGAGGUCAACCUGCAAGGAUGCAUGAGCCUCUGCGGCGAUUGGGCGCUCCUGCCCUCCGACAGCAUUCCCACAGACUCGGCGGAAAGCCUUCCCGCCGAAAUGUCGGACUGCCCCAACCAGCAGGGGUCCCUCGGCAAGUCCGACGUCCCGUACGAGGAGCUGUGGUUGGACCACUUAAGAAGCCAGAAGUCGUCUUUACCCGAGGACGGUCAAGCUGUCAACAACGGCUGCGCAGCUACGACAGCCACGCCGUCGUGCCCGCUGGCGUGCCCCCUCGGCCCCGUCGCCAUUUCCGACGUGGCUCUCACGCCGCCGCCGGUUCCUCCCAAAUCUGAAGCUGUGAAAGAAGAAUGCCGCCUAUUGAACGCCCCGCCGAUUCCUCCGCGUAGUUUGAAACAGAUGCCAUCCGUCCCGAUGCUCUCCAAGCCUCGGCAGCAAGAGACCCGCUCGCCAAGUCCAACCCUUUCCUAUUACUCAUCUGGCCUUCACGCCAUAAGUGGGUCGUGUGACCAAGAGGCAUCUGAGCCGCAAGAGAAAAGCGGCACGUGCUACCCGUGUAAGUGGUCCCAACCUGCCUGCGGUGAGCCGAGCGUGUCGUUGCCCAGCAGCGUCUUGCCGUCCGACGGGAUGUCUUCUAGGUUGUCUUGGCCCAACAACUUCAGCGGAGGAGAUUGUCACGCUUUGGAUGACUUUCUCCCAGCCGGCUGCCGCAGCUACUACAGUUACCCGAGAAACAGGACCGCCAAUAACCCCAAAACUUGCAGCCUGGUGGAUUUUGACAGCCGCGAGCGCUCGCACGGCGGCAAAAGCCUCGGGCUGCCCAACGUGUCUCGAAGCAAAUCGUCCUGCGCCAAAUCAUCAAGUUACAAUUCAGAAAUGUACAGAGAUGACUCAAAGGACAGAUGCAACGCAAAGCAAAGCCUCUCUUGCCCCAUUCUACCGCCAAGAACAGCAAAGUCAAACAGUAUGAAAAGGCGUUCCGAUCGCGCAUUUGGAUCAGCCUGCGACGGUCAGCAGGACACCUCCGUUCCUUGCUUCCCUACACAGCAGGAACAGGGUAUCCAAGACCCAGGAUCCACCUCGAAUCGGGAAACCGCUUGCUCGAUAUCGGGGUCUCCCUCAGCACACUGGCAGCCCCCGCCCAGCCUGGCCGGCCUCUCCAUAGAAGAAGUGUCCAAAUCCUUACGCUUUAUCGGCCUGCCCGACGACAUUGCGUCCCUCUUCGUUUCCGAGAAGAUCGACGGGAACUUGUUACUGCAGCUCACCGAAGAGAUUCUCUCGGAGGAUUUCAAACUGAGCAAACUGCAGGUGAAGAAACUCAUGCAGUUCAUUAACGGAUGGAGGCCCAAGAUAUGACUUAAAGCGGAGACUUGCUUUCGAUCAACUGCGUCUGCCAUGCACCCCUCAGCCACAAUGUGACCUUAUUUCCCAGACACAACAUUGUGGGGGGGGGGGGAACCUUCCUAUCACCCUUCAAAAUCUGUGACCGCUAUUUGCAAACCAGAUGGAAUCAUUUAGCACUUUUCAUUGGGUUAUUUGUUUUUACGUCAGCAACAUUGUUCUUAAAGUUGGAGCCAACAAAUAAUAAUAAAUAAUAAAAUAAAUAAUAAUAAUAAAAUAAUAAUGAUAAAAAAAAUACUAAAAAAAGCAGUUAUCAUUGAUGGGACUGGCACAGGGAGCAAUGUGCUUAAGAAACCAAAACCAAAAAAUAUGAGCUUUAACACACAAAAGGAACAAUCAUUGAAGUCAAUAGAAUGUGUUUACCCCGUUUAACGUUGCCAUUUGAUCACUUCCCACCUCUUUAACCAUCUUCCUUAUUUGAUUGAAUGUAACCAUGUUUCUAUCACUUGAGUCCAAGGAGAAAACACUGAAUGUUCAUAAUGAGGUGACCACUCU